AUGGAUAACUACUCUAGUGAUCAUUAUACAACUUGUACUGAAGCUCUUCAUCAAGCUUACUACUCGGGAAAUAGGUACUUAAUAUGGAUGCUGAUUAAAAACGGUGCUCAUCCAAGUUUGAUCAAGAUGGAGGAAUCGACACGUCUGUUCAUCGAUGAAAUCAUCAAUGAAAAAAGUUUGGACAAUAUUGAGGUACUGGCAUCAGAGUUCGACAAUGAAAUCAUCAAUGAAAAAAGUUUGGACUAUAUUGAGGAACUGGCAUCAGAGUUCGACAAUGAAAUCAUCGAUGAAAUCGAUGAAAUGAGAAUAUACAAGAUAGAGGAACAGAUACGUAUGCUCCUUGAUGAAGAAAGUUUAAUAGAUACAGAAGAAAAGACAACUCUGUCCAUCGAUGAAAUCGAUGAAAUGAGAAUAUACAAGAUAGAGGAACAGCUACGUAUGCUCCUCGAUGAAGAAAGUUUAAAAGAUACAGAAGAAAAGACAACUCUGUCCAUCGAUGAAAUUAGCAAUGAAGAAAGUUUAAUAGAUACGGAAGAAAAGACAACUCUGUCCGUCGAUGAAAUUAGCAAUGGAGAAAGUUUUAUAGAUACGGAAGAAGAGAAAGCUCACUACAUCGAUGAAAUUGACGAUAAAGAAAUUUUAAUCUAUACAGAAGAAGAAACAAAUCUGUCCACCGAUACAGAGGAAGAAAUAACUCUGAAUGAAGAAAGUUUGAUGAAUGCAGAGGAACAGAAAACUCUGCCCUGCGGUGAAACCGACGAGGAAGAAAGUUUAAUCGAUGCAGAGGAAGAAAUAACUCUGAAUGAAAAAAGUUUGAUGAAUGCAGAGGAACAGACAACUCUGCCCAUCGUUGAAACCGACGAUGAAGAAAGUUUAAUCGAUGCAGAGGAAGAAAUAACUCUGAAUGAAGAAAGUUUGAUGAAUGCAGAGGAACAGACAACUCUGCCCAUCGGUGAAACCGACGAUGAAGAAAGUUUAAUCGAUGCAGAGGAAGAAAUAACUCUGAAUGAAGAAAGUUUGCUGGAUGCAGAGGAACAGACAACUCUGCCCAUCGGCGAAACCGAAGAUGGAGAAAGUUUAAUCGAUACAGAGGAAGAAAUAACUCUGAAUGAAGAAAGUUUGAUGAAUGCAGAAGAACAGACAACUCUGCCCGUCGACGAAGAAGACCACGAGUCGUUGAAAGAAUAA